AUGAAGUGCGAGGACAUUCGCGUCAACCAAGUCUCGGGUCGAAGCUCGUGUAAGGUCUGCCGCGAAAACAGGGAAGACUGCAAGUUCGAGGCCCCAGUUAAGAAACGUGGACCACGGCCCGGAUGGCGACAGCGUGCGCGCUCGGCGUCGCCGAAUCGUCGCCCACAUCCAACCCAGGCGUCCUCAGAACGCAGUCCCGAAGGCAAACUACCCAUCCUCAAUGCCCAAGUUCUGCCCCACAUCGCAGAGAGUACCGCUCCAACACGGGAUACCUCACCUUCCCCCGAGGGAACGCGCCGACAUACCAAGGGCCCACUCAUGGGCCUCUCCACAGCACUCGUCGAUGAGCUCCUCGCUGUGUAUUUCACGCACGUCCACAACGUCUGGCCCCUCAUCUACAAGCCACUGUUCCACAUCCAGACGACGUCACCUCCCCUCCUCCUUGCCAUGCUGGCCAUUGCGAGCUGUGUCGCCCAGCCGGAUCCCGGGCACAGCGUCGACGCUGACAAGCUGUUCCACAUGGCCGAGCGUCAGAUGCACCACUGCAGAAUGGACGCGAGAAUCGAUCUCAUCCAGUCCCUCAUUCUCCUUUCGCUACGUCAGACAGGAUGCGGUGAUAAGCACAUGGCAUUCUCGUACGCGGGACGAGCUUGCUGCAUGGCGUUGAAUCUGGGAUUGAAUCUAGCACCAGCAAACUCGGAGUCUCCCACUGAGUGUGAGAUCCGAUCACGCGUGUACUGGAACUGCUACGUCCUCGACAAGACGUUGGCAGAGGAGACGGGCCGCUCCUUUCUUCUGCCGUACCGCCGCUCUUCCACACCCCUGCCAUCUAUGAAUGAGGCCGACGAGUUCGAGACCUGGCCACCACUACCCACAUCGAGCCUCCCCCUGCCCAAGAGCGUGCGGCAUAUCGUCCCACGCCGAGGAUACGUCAUGUCGUGCUUUGUGUGGACAUGUCAGCUAGGCAUGGUCGUCGAGGAUAUCCUGGACAUGGAUCGCCCUGGCCUCCCGCCCGGCACGGACCCUCGCAUCAUUGACAACAACUUGCAGGAUCGGGACGAUCUCAUCCGGCGCGCCGAGACGCUCUCGAACCGCCUCGACGUGUGGCGCAGUAACAUCCCUCGAAGCAUCGACGUCGAUGUGAUGGUGCAGAACAACGUCUCACCGUUUCCGCACCACGUCGUCGGUGUCUCCUGGUACUACACCGCCCAGAUCUUGCUGCUCUCGCGUUUCAUCCAGCGAAGGAGCAUGCUACCGCCGACCGAGGCCGAGGCGGAAUUCAGCAAGCAUGCGCAUCGGACGUGCUCGGGCGCCGCCGAGGCUGUCGUUGACCUCUUGGCCUACUUGGAUCGACACAAGCUCCUGAGCCACACGAGCGCGGACAUUAUCCACAUCCUCUCUCUCGCGACCCUCUUUGAGGCGUUUGACAGCAGCGACGCGGACCAGGCCCUCGCCGAACGAGCAGAGAUGAACUUUGCGCAAUGUUGCAUCUGGUUGAGGGACUGCAGUGCGAGCUGGCCGGCCGCGAGCGCUCACAAGCUAUUCUUCGAGGGCCUGAUCCAGGGCGGCCUAAAGCUGUCAGGCGACAAGGCGAUCAGCAGCCCCGAGGUGGCCACGUCUCCAUCUUUGCCAGAAGGCUUAAGGGCAGUUGGCCGGAAUCUGAGCACGACCGAGCGUGACCUCCCCCACGUCUCGAUGGCACCAGCGGGCAUGUCGAACCUGUUCCAGCUCCCCCAAUUCUACUGGAACCACCUUACGAACUCGGGACCGAUGCCGAAUCUCGGUAUGGAUUUGCUGUCGCCCGACGCGCCUGGUGGCGUCCUCACAGAAUGGCGUACACCCGAUAGCGGCUUCAAUAUGACCAGCAACGGGCGGUUUGACGGCAUGGGCUUUGCGCCGUCUGACCCUCCAAGCACUGGCGGCACAGGUCCUGGCAACUUCUCAUGGGACCCGCCAAUGGACCAAAAUCCCCAGAGCUCGGCGGACCAGGCGGCCAUCUACUCUGCGCUGAUGAGCUUUAUGGUCGAGGCGGCGAAGAGUCAUUAG